GGUGCAGGUUUGAGCUGCGAGCUGGUGGCUGGGAUGCUCAGAGCGAGCCGCUUUGGGAAAGGCUCAGCAGCCUUUUAUCAGCCUGAAAUUUAAAAUUGAACCAGAAGAAGCAAAACCACUCUUUCUCUUCUGUUUGGCCAGCAACCUUUUAAUCAUAAUAAGAGAGUCGUGCUCUCCCUCGGGACGGCUGGUGGCUGCCAGGUCCCUGUCAGCUGGGGAGAUCAGGGCCACACAAAGAUGUGUUUGGCCGAGGGCUGGGGUUUCGCUUUGUGCUUGUUGCAGGACUGGGCCCCCCGCACCGACCUAAUAAAUCAUCUUUGCCGCAGCAGCAGCAGCCAGUGCCUGUCUGAGCGGCUUUCUUCCCGAGCCGAGAGGUGGAUAAUCCAGAUGACCGCCGUCCCCGCUGUCUGAGCGCAGCUUCGGGAGGAGCCCCGGGGAGAUGCCGGGGCCGUGAGCUCCUGCAGGACCCCCCCGGAGGGAGGCACGAGGGUUGAACCCCGAGCCCCCAGCAGCUCGCUGCCGCUCAGCUCUCGGGGCUGGAGAUGUCCCAGCAAGGGUCUUGCUCUGCGUCAUCCUUCAACAGGUGUGCUGGUCCUGGAGCCUCCGCACUUUGCAAAUGAAGCCGCUCGCGGGGACCUCGCCGGGCGCGGGGGAAGAGGCGCAGGGACGUGCCCAGGGGCGUGCGGCGCGGCAGCGGCACAGGAGGGGCUGCAGGCAGAGCCCCCCGGCUCGCAGGGAGCAGCAGGCAGAGCCGGCCGAGCUCCCCGCGUCUCCGGAUGAAGGGAGGAUGAGCAGUCCCCAGGGGCACCCGGACGGGGUCGUGGCCGGGGCUGAGCAGAGCGUGGAGCGUGCCGGCGAGGAGCCAGGCAAGGACAGGCAGGAGCUGGCCGUGCGCACCCGGGACAGUGACGGGAUCGAGGAAGAUGCAGAAACCCUGGAGGAGCCGCUGCUGAGCUUCCCCGGUGAGCUCUCGGUGCUGGAGAGACUGGGCCUGCAGAGCGUGGCUUUGACGGAGCAGGACGUGGAGGCAGCCUUUGCCCACCUUGCCCUGGCUUUUCGCUGCGACGUCUUCACCCUGCGGCAACGGGUGCAGGUGGAGAAGCGGGCACGGGAUGCGGCGGAGGAAAACAUCCAGGAGGAGCUGGGGCAGUGCCGGGCUGCCCUGGAGAGGCUGGGCGCAUCCUGCCCGGACGUGGGCUGCAGGGAGGUGCUGGAGCAGCUGCAGCACAGCCUGGCCGUGCUGGCGGCCGCCGUGGAGCGGGCAACGAGCGCUGCGGAGAAGCUGGGGGCCGUUCAUCAGGAGGCCCGGAUGAGCCGAGCGGCGGAGGUGAUGGUCCAGCACGUGGAGAACCUGAAGCGGCACCACCUGCGGGAGCACGCCGAGCUGGAGGAGAUGAAGCGCCUGAUCCAGCAAAACUCCCGCAACCGGCAGCUGGCCGAGACCCAGGAUGAUGCGGAGCCACGGCUGAGGCCUCACCCCCUGAUGCGAUCCUUCCAGCAGGGCUUGGCUGGGAGGAGGCCGUUCUCUAGCACCAGCUCGAAUUCGGCACUGCUUCCCCUCCAGCUCAAGAGGCAUCUGCCCGCCGCAGAGUCAGCAUCGCCGUCAUCCCCAAGCAGCUCUUGGUGCCAGCACGGACGGCCGAGCGUCCCCCGCCAGCGAGCCGGAGGGGUCUCAGCGCCCAGCCAGCACCCAGAGGAGCGAGCUGGAGCCACCGCGCCGGGGCAGCACCGUGAGCGGGGAGCCGGCGGCUGGGGGGGACGGCAAGGACACAAGCGCAGGGGGCGAGGAGCCGGAGCAGCUUGGGCUGAUGUCCAAGGGGUCCCCGGCGGAGCUGUGGCGGCCGUGGCUCUUCCUCCCGCAGCACUACUGGGUUUUGUUCUGGCUGCUUCUCCUGAGCGUCGCCUUCCUCCUCCUCCUCCGCGUCCUGGAGCUGCAGCGGCUGCAGCCCGCGCCUUCGCCCAAGGCCUAGCUGCAGCAAGGGGGGAGGCGGCUGGGGGGCACCCGCUCUCCGUCACUGCUCCUGCCCCCCGCCACGAAACACAGAGACCCUCGAAAAAUAAAAUCGGAGGAAGAAUCGGGGAUUUUUUUUGAAGGAGCAGGGGGCGAUGCCCUGUGCUAGGAGCUGAGGGUGGGCUCCCCGGGCAUGAAGGGCGCGGGGAGCUGCAGCAGCCCCCAUCCCUGGCAGGACUUUCCUCAUUCUCACGGCACACUGAGGGCUAUGGGGACAUGCCCUUUGUGUCCCCUUUUCCUUGGGGACACAGACCAGGCUGCCUGUGGCCAGCAGGUUGGCGUUAGAGCCGUGUCCCAGCCGUGCCAUUGCGGUGGCACACCCUUGGUCCCUGCUGCCUGGGGGCUCUCAUCCCCAAGGGCUGAUGCUGCUCUCCUCCUCCCCACAUCUGGGGGCUGCCACCACCUCCGUCCCUGUCCCCAGCCCCAGCUUGGGCACUCCUGGGGCCUUCCAGAGCAGCCGUCGAUUUGUGCCUCCGGUUCUUUCUGCCACCGUGAUUAAAAUCGAGUGCUGCUUCCCAGCAAGCCGUCCCCUGGGGGGAAAAAACCCGCGCCUGGAAGGAGCCGAUGAGCCGUGUUUGUAGCGCCACGAAGGGCUUGGCAAACAGAGGGAGCUGUUUCCGACAGCUCCCGUGCCUGGGAAAAGCGCCCAGCUUCCCGCAGCCGCCCCGUUUCCGUGUCCGCCCUGGCCUCUCGCGCCUCCGAGCCGCGGGUGGGCUCCGCCUUGCCUGCACCCAGGGGAUUUGCAGGGGGCUGGGGGGCUCGAAACGCCCCCAGCCCGGCUGUGGGUGAGGGUCCUGCACCAGGACCCCUGUGAGGACACCCCAAAGGGCUGCGGGGAGGAGGGAUGGAGGUGUGCAUGCCGUCCUGUGUCCCCAUGGCCGCAGGCAGCGCCGCGGGUGACUCACGGGUUGCCGACGUAGCCCCGGCUCCGUGUGCCAGCUCGCCCCGUGUCCCUGAGUCACCGCGGCCUCGUGGCAGGUUGUCACCGUGCGUCACUGGCCCGCGAGCCCCUUCUCCAAGCUGCUCGCCCCAGCAUGGGGCAAGCGGCCAGCAGCACCCCGAGGAGGCCGCCGCUGGAAAAAUCCCC